AUGGAGGCGCGCUGGCGAUGGUUACCGCUCGUGAUUGUGCUGAUUGUGUGGCAAGUCGGAUCGCAGGAGGUGAAGGACAUCGAGGCGGAGAGGGAAGGAGUGCCGGAAGGAGACGCCAAGCCACAUUCCAGACAGAAGCGACUGAUCUGGAUCACAGAAGAUGGACGAUUGGCUCUGCCGCCAGGAACUUCUCUGACAAUUUCACCCACUCUUGCUUUGCCCCUAAUCCGACAUCCUCCGCCAGGAUUCUUCUCCAACAUCACCAUCAGUUUGCCUCUGACCAUUGAUUUCGACAAAUUGGGCCUCACAGACAAUGAAAAUCCCCUCGGUGUGCUGCCCAAUGUGUUCGCCAGAUCAAUGGGCAGAGCCACAGGCAUGAUUCUCUCCAAUUACAUCUCAUCCUACAUGAAGGGGCGCAAGAGGAGGGAAGCUGCGGCAACAGAAUCAUCCCCCUUUAAAGUCUCAAUGAUGGACGCAGAAGCGGAGGAUGAUUUUCCACCUGAACUUCCGGAGAAGCACAAAUUCAUCUUUCACGGCGGCGAAAGAGCCCUCUUGUAUGUGGCUCUUGAGGAUCUUCUCGGGACUUUUGGGCUGGAUGGCAAGGCGUGCAUCUUGAGGGCGAUUUGCGAAGUUCACUCACGGAAACUCCACAACUUUGGACUGUUUGGAGAGAUUGUGAAGCUCUUUCUCACUGCCUCCAAGAGUCCCUUUUCGCACCUCCUGGACGAAUACGUGACGGCGCAGCGUGUCGGCGAGGGUGUUUUGGGGCCGGGCGAGUGCUUUCCGUACUACAAAAAGUGCCCCAAGAGCAUCUUCAGGAGUAGCAUAGAUCACAAAUACCAAAACUACAAGGAGGAGGAGAGCAGCGUUGAGAAUGAAGUUCAUCAUACACACGAUUUUAGUCAAUUCAUGUAAAGAAAAAAAAAGCACGCGCUCGUGUGUGCUUUAUAGGAAAAGCUCUCCAAAAAUCUAUCGUUGCACUGUGGCCAUAUUGGCUGGGAGAUGCACAACUUUAUAGUCACGAUCGAAGGCCAUCAAUUUCUUUUUUUUAUUGUAAUCACACUCGAGAGGAAUUUUCUGUGUAAAAUAAAAGAU